AUGCCAACCUUGAGUGCGGAUAUGUACAAAGCCGCUCCAGGGCGCGCAAAAAAGACAAACAUUGUCCGAACCCGAACUGGCUGCAUCACAUGCCGUGAGCGAAGAAAAAAGUGCGAUGAAAAGAAGCCUGCUUGCAGCACGUGCGAAAGACUUGGAAAGCGUUGUGAAAAGUACAAGGCGGGCUUCAAUUUUAAGAAUGUAUCUUUCGAUGCAUCUCCAAGUCCUCGACAAGAGACUCACAAGAGUAGAGCCCGGUUUGCUCAACGGGAGGAAUGUUCACCAGAGACAGUGCUCGCGCAAACUCCCUUGUCUCAAGGAUCAUCUCCCGUCAACUUGACUACAAACUCGAAGCCAAGUCCACUGGCACCCGGGGAGACGGCUUCCUCGACCCCGCUUUCGGAAUCAAUGAUAUCGCUCCCGAUAAGUCCCUUCUCGGAUAUGGGGGUUGCUGGCUUUGAGUUUACUAACACUGCUCUGGGUGAUGGGUUCGCCCUUUGGGCUGGUGACCUCGAUUACGCUCCAUUGAAGCCGUUGGCUGAUGACGCUCGUUCGUCGCAGUUUGGCUCGAAUAUACAACCAGGGGCCCCGCCUGGCACCUCAGAAGACGAAGAGACUUCCACACAAACCCAACAACCUAUCGAGAAACCGCUACUCGUUGGACAUGGCUUGCAGAAUGAGGUCACACCAGACUGCCACGUCUCGGAAGUGACAGAUUUGCCUACUACAAACUCUCUCAUUACAGACCUCAUAAUCCCGGGCACCGACUUGACCACAUCCAGCAUGAUCCAGCCUUACCAAAUACUCAAAAGCCCAAGCCCUUUUUUACUCAGCGACAGCCAAGUAGUAUACAUGGAUUUCUGGCUCAACCAAUGUCUUCCGGCUCUGCAUCCCAUUUUUAAAGACUUUCUCAUUCUUGGAAACCUUCCUCUUGUGGUUACCGACACCAUGAUGGCUCUAUCAGCAGGACGUCUCAGUCGGAUGCUACCACAGAGAAAGUCCUUCGACUUUUCAAGCAUUCCGGGCUUCGCUUUCAGGCCUGACUCUAGCCAUCGAACCAAGAGUCAAAAGUAUUACUGCUCUGCCAUCAGGGGAAUCUCGGACUGGGUCAAGGGCAGUAACGAGUCCCAGACGACUACCACGCUUGCGACACUCAUUCUUUUCUGCUAUUGGGAAUCAUCGAUGGGUAACUUUCGAGACUUUUCCGUUCACUCAAGUGGCGCGACGAAGCUCAUCGAGGCCCAAGAGAGCGCCUUGAUACAGCAGGGCUUUGUCGGCUAUGGACUCAUGGCUGCUUGGGUGCGGGCUCAGAUGAACAACUGGUGGCGACGGAUGCACUUCAGCACUGUUGAGUUCCAACGAAAGCAGGACCCAGUGUCGAUUUCUCCAAACGUUGAGCUCAUCCUGGACCUUGUUGGGGACACAAAGGCUUCUGUACUUGUCAUGCUAUGCGAGUCUCUUCGCAUAUACUCCUCUGCCGUUGUCGAAUACUGGAACUUGUUCCGCGAUCCACCACCCACCAACGAGGAUAGCCAACCUGGUUCACGAACGCCUACAGCCUCCUCUGCAAGCCGAGAGGUGGAUGCAUGCUUAUAUCCCUACACUCUACUCAUGAAAGCCCAAGCCAGGAAGCUGAACGAUUGGCACACAAAGCUGCCAUUAUCUCAGUUACCCAUCACAUCCUUUCACUCGGCGUUUCCGACCACUCUAGAGGACAGCAGUCUGACGGUCGAACCGUUAUACUUCCAAUCUCAUGAUUCAGCGAUGAACUAUGCCUACUAUAUCACUGCGCGAAUCAUUCAGAGUGCAGGAAACAGACAGAUGGGCUCUUAUCCUCCUUCAAAUCGCCGCUGGUAUUGA